AUGGCGACUCAGCCUCAAGCAACACCUCUACAAAAUAUGUAUUAUAAACGACCUGUUGGAACUCCCAAGCCUUGCUUCAUAUGUUAUCGAGAAACUCGGACAGUGCUCUGGAACCCGCAAGAUUUCCUCUAUACAUGCGAUUCACACCUCAGCGACACUGGAUUCGCUACGGCUGUCUCACCUGAUCCUGCACCAUCUCAAAAGGUGACAUUGUCAGAGGAUGAACUGAAGAAGAUUAAGGAAGAGUGGGAAGACAAGCAGAGGAAGAAAAAGGAGAAGGAGGAAGCAGCCAAAGCGGAGAAGGAGAAAGAGAAAGAGUCGGGAUCAUCAACGUCAUGGCUUGGGUGGGCAAUGGGAGGGUCAAAUAGUGGUACCAACGCCAGCGGAAGCAGCUCUACAUCUCCCUCUUCAUCGUCCAGGACACCACCGGCUGCCCUGUUUUCAUCCCCAAACAGCCCACCGACACACCAGAAAUAUGUUCUCAAUCGCCAGAUAUUCGCUAUGCGACAAGCAGAGGUCAAGAAGAAGCGAAACACUUCACAGGCCAACGCCAUUGCGCCAAAGCUACCAAUCGUCCCAAGGUCUCUCUCUUGA